GGGGGGUCAUUGGUUUUACUUGCUUUCUCCCUCUAUCUCAUUUUUUGCUUUGUUUCCAUUCCAUGUGCACCUUAUUUCCUAACACUGCACCUUCUCUGUCUCUUUCUCUCUCUCUCUCUUCCUCAGCAUCCUUUACUAGGUUGCUCCCACCUCACAGUUUCUUGGGUUGCUUCUUCUUUUUGUGAUCGAACUAUGGUGAAGGAUUUGUCUUAAAGAGCAUAGGUUUUCUCCAUUCCUAGACAAGCCAUGGUUGCAGAAUCAUGGUUUCGCAGUCUGUGGAAGGCUCCCCGGAAGCAUGAUGCUAAUUCUGAGAAGGUGGUGAUUGGAGUAUUAGCAUUUGAAAUAGCGAGCUUGAUGUCCAAGCUGGUCAAUUUAUGGCAGUCUUUGAGUGAUAAACAGAUUGCUAGAUUGAGAGAGGAGAUCACAAAUUCAGUGGGCAUAAGAAAGCUUGUCUCAGAUGAUGAUCAUUUCAUUGAACGUUUGAUCUGUAUGGAGAUACUUGAGAAUAUGGCACAUGUGGCUGAGUCUGUGGCCAGGCUUGCUAAGAAAUGCAGUGAUCCAAUUUUGAAAGGUUUUGAGAAUGCCUUUUGUGAGUUUAUCACUCUGGGUGUUGAUCCUUAUGGGUGGGAAUUCUCUUGCAAGAAGAUGGAUAAAAAGAUUAAAAGGAUGGAAAAGUUUAUAUCAACUAAUGCGAGUUUGUAUCAAGAGAUGGAAAUACUUGCCGAUCUUGAGCAAACUUUUGCAAGAAUGAAGGCUAAUGGUGAGUCAGAUGGUGUAACGUUAAUGGAGUAUCAGAAGAAGGUUGCAUGGAAGAGGCACGAGGUGAAGACCUUGCAGGAUAUUUCUCUGUGGAACAGGACAUAUGAUUACACAAUACACCUUUUAGCAAGAUCCUUAUUCACAAUAUUCUGUAAGAUUAACCAUGUAUUUGGAAUUCAAGAGAUGGUAGAUGUUGGUGGAACCAAUAAUUCAAGUGUCCUGAAUACAGAUUUCAUUUAUAGAAGUCAAUCAGUUUCUACAUUAUUGCAAUCUUCAUUCCACCCGUCACGGAAUAAUGUUCCCAGAUUUUCUUCAGGACCCCUUAAUGCUAUUACUGCUAGUUCAGGUCCAAUUGCUAGAACAAACAAAACAAGCAUUUCUCAUUCGGGUCCUCUUGGUGACUCAUCCACAAAGUCAGGUCCUAUUUUAGGAAGGUAUACAAGUGUCAAUUUUUACUCAGGUCCUCUUGGAAGGAAUUUGAAUCAAUCAGUCCCGGUUAAUGGAAAAAAUAAAAAGAGUAGGAUUUGGAAGUUUUACGGACACUCCUCCGCGAUAAGAGGGAAGGAAACUCACACAAGACCCAGUCGACUGACUCAAGUUGGACCUUUCAAAGGAUGUAUGGCAUGGGACAGUUCCUCAGUCGCUGACUGCCACUCAAGUGCAAAUGGUGUUCAUUAUGGAAUUCAGAAUCCCAAAGAUGUUAAUUCUAACCCUUUUGGCCCUGGAAAAGCAGUUCAUCAUACUCAAUCAGUCUUCAAAUCUCUCUGCAAGCUAUUAAAUCCUCCUCCUGAAACCCUUGGAGCUGCUGCUUUAGCACUGCACUAUGCAAAUGUUAUCAUUGUGAUUGAGAAGCUAGCAGCUUCUUCACACAUGAUUGGUCUGGAUGCAAGAGAUGACCUGUACAACAUGUUACCAAAAUGCGUGAGAGCUGCCCUCAAGGCCAAGUUGAAGCCAUAUACCAAGACCAUGUCAUCUUCAUCAUCAAUCUAUGACCCGACUCUAGCAGAAGAAUGGACUGAAGCAAUGUCAAGCAUAUUGGAAUGGCUGGCACCGCUUGCUCAUAAUAUGAUAAGAUGGCAGUUCGAGAGAAGUUAUGAGCAGCAGAGCUUUGUUUCCCGGACAAAUGUGCUGCUGGUACAGACCCUUUACUUUGCAAACCAAGAAAAAGCGGAAGAAAUAAUCACCGAGCUUCUUGUGGGUCUUAAUUAUGUCUGGAAAUAUGGUAGGGAGCUUAAUGCAAAAGCUCUGGCAGAGUGUGGCAGUUUUAGGGUAGACAAUGAAUAUCCUAAUCUGAAUGGAUAAAUAAUCUGUAUUAAGGUUGUGACCAUUUCCUACAGGGAGUCCAGCUCUUGCCAGAAGACUGGGAUGAGGACUUGCAGAAGCACCAACCAUCUGUCUUCUUAAAUCAACAAAUACGAAUCAAAUGAUAGCUGAAGUAUGAGAGAAGUACCUAUAUAUUCAGUAUUAUGGAAAUUUAGUAUCAGAAUGCAUUCCUGGUGAGGAUUUUUUUUACUCAUUUAUCGUUAAUUUUCUGAGAGUUCCAAGCUUCUAGAACUUGGAUGGGUGGUCUCAUCUUUGCAAUGUUGGCCAUCUUUCCCUUUUUCUCUUUGAUGAGUUCCUACUUCCUACGUGAUGUUUAGGGUGUGCAUAUUUAUGAGCACUGUUACUUACUAAAUUGUAUAGCGCUAUCACACAAUGGUGAAUGGUUAUUUCUCUAUAUCUUAUGAAAUGUCAAGCAAGAAAAUUGUCAAAUUGUUGAUAGUAAGUACCAUUAUGUAUUUUUCUUUUAUGUUGCUCAUACUCGAACUGUGUCAUUGUGCCUAUGUAGCUCAUACCUUCAUGAUAGAAGCUCUUACAAACCCAUACGUGGAGAAACUUGUUAUCUCAAACCCCUACUUCCACUUAUUUACCGCAAAUGUGCUUUUAGAAAGUUGUUAUUUUCAUUUCAUCUGCAAAUAUGACCCUUUUAGGACCGUUAAUGGUCCUCCCUCCCGUCGUUAUUCGGGGCUGUAUUGUGUUCGAGGUCGGGUUCGUGUCGGGCCAAUGAUGUUGCUAUUACAUACGCAAUACAAGUAAGCCAAAUAUACACGAGAGGAGAAAAACUUAGGAACAAGGUUUAGCCAAGUUAUUUAACAUAUUCUCUCGACCAGUUAUAGAAAAGUACCUACAUCUGAAUAAGCAAGGAAUAUGCAACAAAUCCGAAAUUUUGAUGAUACAAUUCGUUUUCUUCUGGCUACAGGAAACUAGAAGAUUCAAAGAAUCUACUGCUCAUUUUUAGUAGCCCAAGAACAAUCGAAGGGUACUUUCACAAAAAGCUAAAAACACAUAAAGCUUAUUUUCAAUCCUCCACCCAUUUUCCCC